AAAUUGUGGUAAAGUAUGGGGGGGUACUUGAAGUUUUCCCUUUAUAUAUAUCCCACCCCUUCAAUGCUCGAACUACUUACUAUUUCCGUAUUUCGUGUGUUCUUACCCCCCACCCCGGACGAAGACGAUGCUGCGAAUCCCCUACUACUACUCCCCGACCCUUCACCCCACACCCUCCUCCUCUUCUCCUUCUCCUUCGCCCUCCUCCUCCUCCUCCUUCUCCGACGAUCCCGGCCUAAAACGCUGCGUCUCCGCGCGACCGCGCCGCCGAUCCCUCCCGAUCUCCUCUUUGCGCCUCGAUCCCGCGUCCCUCCCCCGCCGAUCGCUGCUGCUGCUGCGGCGGCGGCGGCGGAGGCUUCUCCUCUGGCCGUGCGACGCCUCGCUCGGCCAUGGCGAUCGCCGCGGCGGAGGUGGCGAUCCGAGCGGGGGAGACGAGGGCGAUCGCUUUCUCCAGGCCUUCCUCCUCCUCCCAGAUUGUGGAAGCAGGGGUUCAAAGAAGAAGCAGAAUGGAAGCAUUCUAACCGGAAUCAUUUCUUUUCCCCUCAAGCAAGGGAUCCAAUGUCAAAAGUUAAAUCUCUGAGUCAUGGAUUUCUUCGUCGAUUUCAUAGUCCAACAAUAUUUCUCAAAGUUGUUUGUGAUGGUGAUCUACUAUUACCAAUUAAUGUUGGAGAGUUUGCAGUCAAAAAACUUAUCAAUGAUCCUGUAGAUGAUGACAGUAAGGAAUGCCCAGAUGAAUUUCAGUUCAUUAAAAAUGUUAUGGGGACAUAUGGUUACGAGGUAAGAAUGGUUUGCAUUACAGAAAGAGUGAUGAAUACAUAUUACUCACGAAUAUUCAUGGGACAGGUUGUAAGAUGGACGACCUUUUUUUUUCUGUACUAUGAUCUUGCAGGGGGAAGAAAUAUAAGCAUUGAUGCUCGACCGUCUGAUGCAAUAAAUGUGGCAAAAAAUUUUCAGGCACCAAUAUAUGUAAACAAGGAGAUUGUCCGAAGGGAUGCUAUUGAAAUAAUUCGUGGAAGAUGGCGAGGAGAUAAUGCAAAGACUAUAUACGAUGUUUCACUGGAUAGUGCAGUUGAAGGACCUGAUCUUCUUGCUGAGGAGCUUGAUUUGGUGAGGAAGAUGAACACAGCCAUCAUACAGGAAAGAUAUGGAGAAGCAGCUAUUUGGCGAGACAAGCUCAAUAAACUCCGAACUCCUAGAAAUGAACCUUGAUAUCUCCAAAUCAAGGUAAGAGAGGCAUCCUUUAGCUUGUGUUGUGGUCUCCGUACUUAGGAAUGGUCAAAGAGGAUGAUUGUUGUUUGUGCUGGAAAUAUCGCAAGUGAGGCCAAGGAUAUUUAUAACCUCACAUGGAAUUGUUGACAACUGAAGAUGUUGUACUGAAAUUGGAGAUACCGUGAUUCUCUAUUCAUAAAUGUAAAAAUUGUUCCAGGCUAUGAUGAGAUAUACUUUUGGAAAAGUAUUAUCAGCAUAAAUAUAAUCCAAUUUGUGAUCAGGUUUCUGGGCUACACUGUUACAUCGUGUAGCUCCUCUGCUUUUGGGGGAAGCAAUUUUUGUCGCAUUUCCAGGUCAAGACCUAUAUUACAGAGAGUUACAUUGAUGUGUGGAGAAUGUAAGGAAGUACUUGUAAUGCAUGGGACCAAGGUAUGCCUUUCAAUUAACAGUGGUUUUCUGGAGCAAUGAUCGUCAAUUUUCUGGAGUUCUUCUAUAUUAGGUGCAGUUUAGUCAAUGUCUGGUGUGGAGCUUUCUUUCUAGUAACUUACAAUAGAUUGGCAUCGAGCUACACACUAGGUGAAAAUGACACUUUAUUUAGAGGUCUGGUAACUAAAAGUUGGUAAUGCUUUAGUGUAUUUCGGACCCGAAAAAUGUAUUUAUUUGACUACAGAAACUUAUAUUAUUUGGAUCGGUGUGGGUUGUUGCACUGAAUGUUAGAAUCUAACAAGAUGUUACCGUAAGCUACCAUCUCUAAACUGCAAAGUACUUGUAUUAUACUGCAGUGUUCUUUAAUCCUUAUAUGCAGGCAAUUUGGUGA